AUGGGUGUCCUGCUACGUCGAGAUUGCCGGGAGACAUAUAAUGGCUAUGUCUGCGAUGGCAAUAGCUGGUACGAUUGGGGUCGAUGGAUCGCCUUUGCUGUCAUUGUUGGAGUAGCUUUACUUGUCUUUUUCCUCUUCGCCUGCUUCAAUGCUCGCCGUCGGCGCAGACAAGGCCUUCGUCCUCAUCCCGGCACCGCAUGGCUCGCGGGCCCUCCGCCGACCUUUCAGCAAUCGCAGCAACAGCAACAGCCUGGACAACCGUACUACGCAGACCCUUACUACCAGCCUGCCCCGCCGCCGCAAUACUCUCCUCAUCCCCAGUACGGCUACUUCGGGGGCCAGCAGCAAACGGGCAUUGAACUGCAACCACCACAGAAUGCCUACCACAAUGGUGGCGAACGUGUAUAUCAACCACCGCCGGGUCCUCCUCCGGCCUCCAAGGUCUAA